ACAGAUUCUGCCGCCAAGAUUUGACAUCACUAGGACGCCACCGCCGAGAAGAUAAAAAACGAAAAACAAACGCUAUUGGCAUUGAGUUAAUUUAAUAGAAUAAGCAAACGAUGGAAGAGACUCACGACUUCCAGUUCGUGCUGCCGCUGAACGCCACGGACCUGGUCAACAGCUGCGGCGAUCAGUACUACGUGAAGGAGAUCUUGGGCAACGCUGAUAUUCCCCAAAAGCUGUUGGAAUGCAAGCGGAGGGCCCGCCUGCGAGACCCGUUCUACAUCUUCGAACACUUCGAUACCUAUUACUCAAUUAUCGAGGCCUCCGGCAGCAGUGACUCCUCCAUUCGCAACCUUAUGAGGGCCUUCGAUCUGCUCUAUUUGACCGUGGACAACCUGGGCCAGGAUCUGCAGCCGCUGCUCACCGCCAGCGAGCCGAUGAGCAACCAGCAACGCAACAGAUACCUGAACCUGACCAAGAUGACGCUCUACCUACAGGUGAACAUCGUACGGAAGAUCGACAACGGCUUCCAGCAGGCCCAGCGCGAGGGCCAGCUCAAUGCCCAGAAGAAGCGCGGAAAGCAGGCGGAGCAAUCCCUGGAGAACUUCCCCGACUGGGACGUCAAGCGCGGCAAGUUCCUUGUCCAGCUGUUCAACGUGAUGCAGUGUCCGCUCGAGAAGCUAUGGAGUCCGCCCGUCGCCGAGGAGGACUUUGUUUCAAUGGUCUGUGACAUUUGCUAUCGGACAUUGGAGCUGCUGCCGGUGCGCAACGACAACCGGCACGUUUUCGACACGAUCUUCCAGAUCCUGGGCACAGCCAUCAAGCGCUUCAAUCAUGCCAUGACCUUUCCGGUCCGCAUACUGCAAAUCCUGCGCGGCACCGAACACGCAGCCGUCUCUGUGGCCAAUGGAAUCCUCCUUCUGCACGAGGAGUACAGCAUUUCAUCGGUCUUCUCGAUCCUUCUCAAGGGCAUUGUGGAUGCCCUAAUGCUGGACAGCUCCGAUUCGGCAGUGUCCAAGCACUUUGCCAACUUCCUAACAGAGUUCUCGAACAUAGCGCCCUCGCUGAUCAUACCCCAUCUGGCGAAGCUGGCUGAGGAUCUGCUGGACUGCCAGUCGCACACGCUGCGGAACUGUGUGCUGCAAAUCAUUGGGGACACGGUGGUCAGCGAACUGACAUCGGAGGGCCUCAGCCAGGAGCUGAAGGAGGUGCGCAACGAGUUCCUUGAGCACCUCUUGGCCCACAUUUGUGACGUAUCGGCGCACGUUCGCUCCAAGGUGCUUAGCAUCUGGCAUCACUUGAAGGUGCAGCACGCCAUACCGCUUAACUUCAUCAUCAACGUGCUGAGCGAGGCCAUUGGGCGGCUGGAGGACAAGAGCUCGCUGGUGCGGCGUGCCGCCAUGCAGCUGAUCAAGUCCGCGCUCGAGAGCAACCCCUACUCCAGCAAACUGUCUCUCGAUGAGCUUCGGGCCAAGCAUGCAAAGGAGGUCGAGGCCAUGGAGAAGCUUGACGAGGUGCUCCAGGAGGAGCGCCAGCAGCAGGAGCAGUUGAAUGAGGAGUGGGGCACCCUGGCUCCCGAUCUGCUGCCCUUCAUCGAGGAGAACCUCACAGAGUACCCUGACAUGCAGUUCGACAAGGAGGAGACUGACGAGGCCCUGCUGCAGAAGAUCAUUCCCAUGAUGCGGGAGAAGAACUACAAGGAUGUAAUUGUGCUGGUGCGCAAGGUGGAUUAUUUGGCCGGCAACCAGGCUCUAAGCGCCCAACUCAAGCACGAUGAGCACUGCGUGUACGUUCUGGCCCUACUAAAGACAUAUCACCUGGUGGCCGCCGGCUUGAAGCAGAGCAACGAAGAGAUGCUACAGCAGAUCGCAACCGUGCAGUUCCUCAAGGACAGCAUCGACUUUGCGGUGCUGAUGACAUCGGCUUUCCCCAAGCUCCAUGACCUCCUCAUGUCCAAGACAAACACGGACGUAUUCGAGGCAGUGGAUCUGUUUACCACCGGCUACAUGUUCGGGAUCCACGGCACUGAGUCGGGGAUGCAGCGGAUGCUGCAGCUCGUGUGGUCCUCGGACAAGGAAAAGCGCGACGCCGUUUCCAAUGCUUACAAGCGAGUGCUUUUCACCACUGACCAAACGGGCCGCAUUCACGCCAUCCGGGUGGUACAGAACUUGUCCAAAUUCCUCUCGGAAAUCGAGUAUGGCCACUACACGGCCAUGGAAUCGGUGAUGGCCGAGUGGAUUGUGGCUGGAGAUAUCGAUGCCUUGGUCAUUCAGGUGCUCUUCGAGCGUUUUACCCUCAAGCUGGAGGGAACCAGCCCCGCAGAGUCGCGUCUGGCCCUGCAACUUCUUAUCAUGGCCUCCGACUCGAAGGCCGCCAUUGCGUCGGCCAACACUGCCAUUAUCGAGGACAUUGCCGUCGGGGCAAGGGUGCGCCGCGAUCCACGUAUCUUUACUGGCUGCCUUCAGUUGCUGGUCAACUCCAUCAAUUCCAACAGCAAUGCCAAGAUCUACAAGCGGCACGACAGCGACUCGGAGUUCGUGGCGAAGAUCACCCACCUCUUCCUGGACUUCUUCUUCCACCAGAAGCUGUCGGACUUUGACGGUCUGGCCAUGAGUGUGUUCGAGUACUUCUACAAGAUGUGCCAGGCACCGGAUGUGAUCUCCCAGCAGCUGGUGAAGACGCUGAUCAAGCGGUUCAACGAGAGCUGGCUGAUCAAUGCGGAAGAUGUGUCGGCUGUGACCCCCUCACAGGCAGCAGUGGCGGAUAAGGAGAACGACUUGUGCUCGCAGCCGCCAACGGAGAUACCCUGCUCGCAGACCCAGCCCUUGACGCAGACUCAGCGCUUCACGCAGAGCUCAACUCUCCAGCGGGGCAAGAUGAUGAUGCCCGUUUACUUGGUCUCCCGCUUUGUGUUCUGCAUUGGGUACAUGACCAUCAAGGAGAUGAUCUUCCUGGAUAUGGACAUCUACAACAACAUGAAGUACCGCGAGGAGCUGACGGCGCAGGAGGAGCGGAACAAUCGAAACAAGCCGCCUCCGCCAGUUAACAACAGGAAAACUCUCAACGUCUCCGCCAUGGAGGUGCGCAAGCGGUUGUCCGGAGUGACGGCGGAGCCGCAGCAAGAGCCAGACGAGGAUCUGGUCGGGGCCACGGCCGAAGACAACAUCGCCGAGGAGAUCCACAGCAUUGGCGAGGACAUGCUGCUGUACAACCCCAAGGCCCUGCUGUCCAAGCUGUCCCGAUUCGUCAAGACCGUCUGCCAGAAGCCCGGCGAGUUCCGCGAUGCCAAGCUGCAGCAGGCAGCUACCUUGACGCUGGCCCGCCUGAUGACGGUGUCGUCGCGCUUCUGCGAGACCAACAUGAGCUUCUUAAUGAACAUCCUCAGCUUGACCAAGAACAUCCGCAUCAAGUGCAACACUGUGGUGGGCCUGUCGGACCUCACCUUCCGCUUCCCGAACAUCAUCGAGCCCUGGACGGGACACUUCUACGCCCAGCUGCACGAGUCAAACACUGAGCUGCGGCUGACGGCCGUCAAGAUGUUGUCGCACCUCAUCCUCAACGAGAUGAUACGCGUAAAGGGUCAGAUCGCAGACAUGGCACUCUGCAUCGUGGACGAGAACGAGGAGAUCCGCAACAUCACCAAGCAGUUCUUCAAGGAGAUUGCCAACAAGUCCAACAUUCUGUACAACGUCCUGCCGGACAUUAUCUCGCGGCUGGGCGACAUUAACCUGAAUCUGGACGAGGACAAAUACCGCACAACCAUGUCCUACAUUCUGGGACUCAUCCAGAAGGACCGUCAGAUCGAGACUCUCGUUGAGAAGCUCUGUCUCCGCUUCCCGGUGACGCGUGUGGAGCGCCAGUGGCGCGACAUCGGCUACUGCCUCAGCCUGCUCAGUUACAAUGAGCGGUCGGUGAACAAGCUCAUCGACAACUUGCACCACUUCAAGGAUAAGGUUCAGGUGGAUGAGGUCUAUCAGUCCUUCAAGCUGAUCAUCAGCAACACAAACAAACUGGCCAAGCCGGAGCUUAAGGCCGUCGUCACCGAGUUCGAGAACCGGCUCAACGAGUGCCUGCAAGUCAACCCGAAUCCGAAUUCAUCGACGGAGCCCGGUACCUCGGAGGUUGAGUCUCAACGAGCUCGCGGGGCCAAGUCAAAGAGGGGUCGAAAGCCGCCAGCCGGCAAGAAGCCGCCACCGUCAAGAAGACGCGGACGACGCCAACAGGACACAAGCUCUGAGGAGUCGUCUAGCAGCGACGAUUAGUCUCAUUUCCAAAUAUUUCCAAACUUUUUAUAUUUCCUUAAAUCUAAAAUGUAAAAAUGAAAUGUAUCCUGUACUUCAGGGAUAGCCCAAAAUGCUUUUGUAAAGCAAACGAUAAGCGAAUCAAUUGAAAUCUCCCUUAGGCUUACAUAUUUAUACAUAAAACGCAAUGAAUUACAAUAAAUGUAAAAUUUUUAACAAA